UCAAUAUGGUCAGGCUUCCGGAUGUCGGAUUGGGGCUAAUUCUAUUUGCUGUUAUGAUCCUUGUGAGUCAGAGUCUCGUCGUCGAAAGAAACAAGACGGUGAUUCAAACCCCUGAGCUACACCAUUCCUCCAGCGGAAUAGACAAGAUUGGAAUCGAUGAAAUAUCGAAUCCCGCAGCUUCAGAAAAUGGUGCUAACGGUGUUCGUGCCAAGGAUUCACCAAGAUCACAUCGGUUGUCGAGAUAUAUUGUGGAUCCUUCGCCAAUUUGGAGGGAAAAACGCUUGAGAAGGCCGGCGAGAUCUCUUCUGCCAAGUCGGCCACUGGGGAAAAUCCUCCGAUGGCGAGACCGGAAGUGAAAAGGAAGGAAUGAUUGCGUAAAAUAAAGCCCAAAGCAGGGAUCCCCAUCAAUAUUAAAUUUCUGAAAUAUUACAAGAAUUUGACCCUUACAUUAAUGAAGAUUUAAAUUAUGUUGAUUCAAUUUUUCAAAUAAUAUAGUAUUAAUCAUCUGAUUUUUGACGGAUAAUCAUGAUGUUUUUAAAAUUUGUUAAUAUGAAACUGUAAAUUUACUACUAAAUGAAUAAUUCAAAUUUCUUGA